AUCAAUAAAUAAAUCUGACGUGUAUCUACUCAAUAUUGAGUAAACAAAUUAUAAAAAUUACGCUGUUUUGAUUAUUUUUAUGUGAAUAAUGACGGAAACAGAGCGACCCGAUAGUAAUGUGCCAUCAGAGGAGAGAGAAGCCGAUCCAGGCGCCACAGGCGAUCGUCCGGCUACAACGGAAAGAGAAGCGUAUUUUCAAGCCUUGAGAUUAUGGAUCCAGCAAGCGCAAAUGUAUCAAAAUUUAUCAUCAUGUUUCCCAUACUAUAUGAUGAGCUUGCAGGGGAUGCAAAAUAAUCAAACAAAUAUUCCCUUGCUGAACAAUAAUUAUCAGUUUCAAGGGCAACAGUUUCCAUUUCAAGUGCCGCCGGUACCUCCGCGACCAGCUCCUGAAAGUCAAGUUCCUCCGCCUCCUCUAAGCCCUGCGGAAGUGAUCCAGAGACAUGGAGGAUAUGAAUAUGUAAUCCCGCAAUUGUAUAAGCGCCUUUUUGCUGAAUUCAUUGACUUCAUGUUGCUCUUCAUUCUGAAACUCAUUGUGACAUUUAUUGCGGUUGACAUGUUUGAUAUCAUCGAUCUGGAUAAAUUUGACUUGUACAAAUUCAGUGAGAAUUACGAUGAUUACAAAUAUGCAAUGGAGUUAACAUCAGAGAUUCUACUCUUGGAGAUUAUCUACAGGAUACUAGUCUGCAUUUAUGAAGCUUUCUGCCUUAGCAGCAGUGUAGGACGUAUGGGAGGAGCUACGCCUGGCAAGGCUCUACUCGGAUUGCGGGUUGUAACAGCUUCGGCCGUGAUCCCUGUGGAAGGGAGACCCAAGGAGACCGUACUGCUCUACCCAGGACGACCUCUCACCUUUACAACGGCUCUAGCUCGCUCACUCCUGAAGAACUUCCUGAUCUCCCUUCUCUUUCCUCUCUGUGUGAUUCUGUUUGUCUUCCGGUUCAAUCGCACUGGCUACGAUCUUCUAUGUGGCGUUAUUGUGGUCGAAGAAAACAUGUUUCCGCCAAGACGCCAUGCACCUUGAACCAUUUCGUUUGCAGUCUGUCUCAAACAUUAAAAUUAGUACACGGAUUAACUUAUAUGUGGAAGUAGAUAUAUAAAGGAGUACCAAUUAUAGACUUCAAUACGAAUUUAGGAACUCCUGCGCUUUUAACGUUUUAAUGGAUUUUUCUAGGCCUAUCAUUAGAAAAAUUUUGUCAGUGGAUAUAAAGCCUUUCAGUGUUGUAAGAAAAAAAAAGUAUUCUCUGAAUGUUUAAUAGAAAGUUUUAUGUAGAUUUUAAUCAUCCAGUCCUUAUGAAUAUUGCGAGAAGUCAAUUCUUUGUUACAAAGUUAUUUCAUGUUUAAAACUGACCCUAGAUUUUUUUUUCUUUACCAAUAAGCCUUCUCUGUCUGUACUAAAUUAAAACACUUGAGAAAAUCUUCACAAAAUUUCGCAUUUAUAUUAUUAGUUGAAUAGGAUAGUUGGCUCAUCAAAAUAGAAACUCAUUUCGCAUUUUUACCUAAUAGGUAGAAAUUGUUUAAUCUAAUGAAUGGUAUUUUUGUAAACUAUUAUAGAUUAUAUUUGGUGCGUAGUUUAUACAGCAUGCACCUUAAUUUAAGAUGUUAUUACACAUCUGUCAUAGUGCUUUUUGCCUUGAUUAUCUGGAAAAAAAUUAGGCUUAUCUACUAAUAUUUCUUCCGAGUUAUGGAUAUGCCCUCAUUCCUCUUACUACAAAAGACUGCUGGUUUAGCAAUGUUUCUUUUUUAUUUCUUCAAACUAUGCAAUAUUCAUAUUGUCUUAACACUUCCAAAUUUGAUUUGUUUAAUUUGCACAUUGCCCAUAAUUCGGCAGCAUGGGGCUGCUAGCAUUAAGCAUAAACCCCAAACUGUUCUAGCAAUACUGAUGGAAACCUUUCAAGUUUGUGUUUUUUUUUUUUAGAUUUUUAUUUGGAACUUUUCUUUCUUUUUCAUUGCUAAAAAUUUAUGAAUAUGUGGCGAAAUAGUGAAUUAAGUUAAACAUGAGAGUUAGUUUUUGAAUGCGAUUUUUUAAUGUUAAACUUACACUUACAUGCUAUAUACUGAACUAAUAACAUCUCAUAUCAUUCAAAACAAAAGAAAGAGAUGGAUAAUACAUUUUUUUCUUUUGUUGUUUUUUCCUUAUUUAUAAUGAUGGACAACUUUAAUCUAUAAGAAGUGCUCAUGUUUGGAUUUAUUUAUUACAUUUAAGUUGAUUGAAUCAUGCCUCAACUAAUGGUUUUUUGUGAAAUAGAAAUAUUUACAAAAAUAACUAAAUAAUACCUGUUCCUUCAGCAUUUCCAUGAUCGCAGUUAUUAUAUAAAAAUUGGCCCAGCCUUUCUCAAAUUACAGUUAUUUGGAAUGGUGCAACUACUCAACUCUUCUUUUUUUACACAUCAUAAGUAAGCUACGCGUUAUGCAAAAUGAUAAUACCUUUAUGUAUUACUACUUCAUAACUAUGUCUUGAUACAGCAUUUACACAUUCGUUCAAAUCGCGAGUAACGAGCGAGCAACGAAUGCGGAAAAAUGCGCAUCUAAGGUAUUCGCUUCGCUAUUCGCACAGGUAUUCGUACGAAUGUGCAAAUGUGAUAUGAUAAUGUAUGUUCAUCAUCAUCAAUAUUCUAAGUUGAUUAGUAUAAAUAUACCUAAAUUUCCAUAAAUAAUGAAUUUAUGUAUGAAGACAAUAUAGGUAAUACACAAUAAAAUGUAGUUUCGUAAUGUUGUUGAACAUGCGUUUUCUCGGUGUUGUGAGUUUAAACAUUUGCAUUGACAAGUAUAAGUGUAGUCAAUGCAUUAUCAUCUAAAACAUUAGUGUAUUAAGAUACUUUUUCAAUAAAUGUAAUGUUAUGUAUUGAAAGCCAAAGAUAUAAAACCUAUUUAACUACUUGCCUCCUUCGAAACAGAUAAUGUUUUUAAUUUAAGUGGCCGUUAAUUUGGUGCCAUUAUAGAAACAGUGGUACAAUUUGUCGUUGAUUUUACUGAGAAUACAAUUUAAAAAAUAGUUACAAGUUUCAAUUAACCGCCAAAUUAUAUGGCAAAUAUCAUGGAAUGUUUAUAAAUGUAUUGUAAAAUGUUACCUGCUAUUAUAAUAGGAACGAAAAAGUGUCAUCUAUUUUCAUAAAUGGACUUCUUGAUGUAACUUUAUUGUGACUAUAAUAUUUUAUUGUUAAAAUAUGUGUUGUAUACAUUGUGAUAUAGAUUUCAGUUUUUAUUUUGUAAAUAUAAUUUUAUU